GCUCAUGCUGCCUCUGCGAGGCAGCUCUACUCCACCAUCGCCCUCGGCCCGCUUCUUUUCCCCCCAAGGACUUCAUCCGCAGCUGCCCCCAGCGCUACAACAUUCUCCGUCUGGACACAGGAGCCGCGGGUGGUGGGGAGGGAGAGGGUCAGACAUUUUAAAACUCUGGCCCAAUUGUGAUGUAAAUGCUGUGUGACCCUGGGCCAAAAUGGGCAAUGCCCCAUCUGCCCUCACCACCACCACCGCCACCACCACCGCAAAACCCAGCACGGGUUAAGUGACCUCCGUGCCCCGCCCCCGCGCCAGGCAGUGAGUCGUAGCCCCGCCUGUAAGGGUUGCUGCCGAUGUCUGCGCUCGGCCGGGAUGCCAAGCUCUGUUCCGUGGACGCCCCCAUCGGGCAGCAGGGGGUCUGCGCGACCCAUGGCCACAGCCCUCCAGCUCCCGCCUCACCGCCGCGCUAAGUGCCCGGGCGGCGCGGGGUUCCCCAGCUGGAGGAACGGGUUCUGUGAGGUCAGCGCGCCGCGGCCCGGGUCACAAUGCAGCCCUCCCCCUCGACGCCCGGGCCGGGACGCGCCGCAGACACCUGCCCGGCUCCGCCCGGACCGGAGCGUCCUCCCGCGGCCAGGGCUCGGGCAGCUGCUUCCAGCCUGGGACCGGCCUCGGCCUCCGGCAGAGCGCCCCGGGGCCUGGACAUGAGUGCCCAGGAGCCCCCGCAGGGUCGGAGAUUCCCCAUUGAGGCCGGAGACUCCCCUGGCCUUGCCGCCGCCCCCGAGUCCCAGGACAGCCCGGAGCCAGUAGCUACGGAGCACAACCCAGUCAGGCCGCUUCGACGCUGCCCCGGCUGCCACUGCCUGACGCUGCUGCACGUGCCCAUCGACGUCUACCUGGCCAUGGGCGGGAGCCCCCGGGCCCGCGCCACCUGAGUGCGCCUGCGCACGGCGGCUCCGCGGGAGCCGGGCGGGGACGGGGCCCGCCGCGGGCCACCACGCUGAGGUCGCGAGCGCGCC